AAUUAGAUUUAGAUUUUAGAACACUAUUUAAUAUUUAUUUUUAUUACUCUUACGAAUUGUACGUACCUCCCAAAAAUUGUUAGAUGUUUUGAAUUAUGUUUGAAUUUUAAAAUUAUAAUGUGUUUUAUACAUAGUAAAUAUAAGUGAAAAAAUAUAAGUUAAUAUGGUGAUUUCAAAUUAUUAGUCUUUUCAUGCAAACGGAGUUUUUUCUAUCAGCACUUAAAUAAAAUAAUAUGUCGACGUUAAGCAGCUCCAAGAACCAUUCCAAAAAAGUAAUAAAUAGUAGUCGUGAACGUGAUAAAAUUAAACCUAUAACUUCAGAAUCUGGUGGUUCGAGUCAAUGCGAUACUCCACCUCUCACUGAGAAGGAUGGCAGCUCAACUCAAGGAAAAUUUGCGGGUAUUGGGCCAGACUCUAUUAUUUGUAUGGGUGAACAAAUUGGAGCAGAGAUGAGUGCUGAAGCAGCAACCAACCUGGCUGAAGAUGUUAGCUACAAGUUGAGACAGACUAUUAGUGCUAUAUCAUUGCACAGUGAAUUGAUGAAAAAGUCUGUGUUGGAUAGUUGGGAUGUGAACACUCUCCUCAUGCUGACCGACACCAGCCCGAUUAUUGGCACUUCUUCUACUCAAUAUACAACAAUAACCUCGGGAGAUGAAAAACUAUGUGUUGAAACAGAAACUCUAGUAAAUAUAACAGAUAAGGCAUUAAAAAGUCAGAGCUAUGUGUUUUCAUCUGUGCCAACAAUGACAGUUGAAUGGAUAAUGGAUGAGAGAAGUUUAAGCGGCAGUAGUAACAUUGGUUCUAAUUUACAAAACUACUAUACAAAAGUGGCUAGAGCAAUUUUAAAUCUUAAGAAGAAACCGAAGCAGAUAGCAGUUCAAGAUCUGACAACGAAUACUCGAAUAGGCCCCAUAUUCCCAAACUUGUUCAACCUGGCUGUGCUAGUAUUAAACGAUGAUAAUUUGAACGCGCUGAAUGUUCCCGCCAAGAAGCCGCUUCAAUCGAAUGUUCUGGAUAUGGUUGACGCGUUGUGUUCUAACCCUUGCAGCAUGGACACUAAUAUUCAACAGCAGUUUCAGAGAUUGUUUCCCGUCAUGGUCUCAAAUAUAUUAGGCAAUGGAUCACUGGCAGAGAAAAUGGUUGCAAUAUUAACGAAAAUAACAAGGACUUGGCCAUCAUUCAUUAUUAUAGGUAAAGGUAUUCUUUUCGACUACCUCUCGCAAGGUACGAAGGACCGUCUCACGGCACCCAUGAUCCGCUGUGUGAUGGCCCUGGGUCGCGGCGCGCUGAUCGAAUGCCUAGGUGAUCACUUGGAGCACCUGGAUAAUAGUAUACACGCACCUCGGAGGAAUCAUAGACAAUGCGACCUGAGAGAGACAAUGCUGGACGUUUCAACAUGUCUUUUGAGAUCGGAGCUUACAACAUAUCUGGAAGAUUUCGUUACAACAGACUACACAUUAUAUGAAAUGCUCGGAGACUCAAUAUUACCCAGGAGAACUUUGUUCCCUUACCUAGAAAAUCAACAAAGUGAGAGUGAAAAAAGUGAAAAGUGUGAUGAAGACUUGUAUAUGCCCCUCCGGACGUUAUGUCGGGCAAAAGUCAAAGUGAUACCUCCAAAUGUCAGAAAAAAGUUGCAGCAUGACGUGUUUGAAGUGUCUAACUAUAGGAGAAGAAGUAUUGUUAUAAAAAUAAAAAACUGUAGAAGUUUGAAUAUAUUGAAGCCGAACAGAACAGUGUUUAGUGGAUCUGUGUCCGAUGUUAAAGGUGUUUUGAUCGCUAGUGGUCUGUUAAAUAGGUUUAAAUAUAAUGUCAAACAAGAUAUCACGUUCCCAGUAUUUGGAGCAUUGUCUCUGUGAAUAUUAAUUUAGAAUUGAACUCAUGACAAGUCGAAUUCUCUUUAAUUAUAAAUGUUAUUUAUUCUUGU